AUGCAUGCCGCUAUGGAUUGUCUUUAUCGAGAGUUGACCUUUGUUCACACUCUGGCCAGUGACACCAGCGUUGAAGCACAAUGUCCUUCCAGUGUCAUGGGCCAGAAAAUGCCAUGUGAGUGCCUCUUCCGUUUGUCAACCAAAUUCCUGCGUCCAGGUCGCGUUGAUGCACUCAGGCUCGCAGAUCAAAAUGCCAUGCCCACCCAGGUCGGAGCUGCUGACAGCGCAGAUGAGAACCUCCUUCGCCUCGUGGUGUCUUUCCCAGGUUUCUGGCGCUGUUGCACACGAGGGACGCGAUCAAGCCCCGGUUUGUUCGUGACAAACAAUCUGAGCAAAAGGAACCGUUUGUCGACUAGUGCCUGUGCCACUUUGCCACCUCGUAAUAAUCUUUGA